AUUCUGAUUGGAGAGGUGACAACGUUCUUUGUGAAAGCGGAGGCUCAGGAGAAGACCAUUGUGACGGCUGACUGCUGUUACUUCAACCCCCUCCUCCGCAGGAUAGUACGCUUUCUGGGCGUCUACUCCUUUGGCCUCUUCGCCACCACCAUCUUCGCCAAUGCAGGCCAGGUGGUGACAGGAAACCAGACCCCUCACUUCCUGUCUGCCUGCCGCCCCAACUACACAGUCUUGGGCUGCCAGUCCCCCAUGCAGUACAUCACAGAGCGCCGCGCCUGCACUGGGAACCCCUACCUGGUUGCGUCUGCACGCAAGUCCUUCCCCUCCAAGGACGCGGCCCUCAGCAUCUACUCUGCUGUCUACACAGUGAUGUACGUGACGCUGGUGUUCCGUACAAAGGGCACUCGGCUGACCAAGCCCACCCUGUGUCUGACCCUCCUGUCCCUGGCUGUGCUGGUGGGGGUGGUGAGGGUCACGGAGUACAGGAACCAUUGGGGUGACGUCCUGGCUGGAUACCUGACCGGAGGGGCCAUCGCUGCCUUCCUGGUGACAUGUGUGAUCAACAACUUCCAGCAGACGGCGUCAGCCCUGCCCCCGCUGCCCCCCCAGCGCCCUCAGACCCCCCACGGCAUGCUACUGUCCACCCUACCUCGCGUGGAGAGUCCACUUGAAAAGUUAAGUUGCCCUCAG